CUUUCAUUGACAAGUUUUACCUUAAUUUGUAUAUUUCUCUCAUCGAUAGUUAGUGUUAAUUGUCAUCUUACAAUCCACGAAUCAAAUGUUUGGAUUCCAGUUUUUAACAACAAUUUACGAGCUCCUUAUUUCUUUUUCAUUGAUAAUAGAUUUAUAACAUCUAAUUAUUCGAGUCAAGUUCUCAACACGGACCCUAACGCAGUUGGUCAAAGAAUCAGCGUGAAUGAUUUUACUCCAGCUUAUUUUUAUUCUCAUAGAUUGAAUCAUUAUCUGUUGCACCUGAAGAACGCCAAUGAAAUGUACGUGCAAUAUAUUAAUACCUUCAGGCCUUCUUUUUUUGAACUAAGAGGUGAAGUCAUGAGGCACAUGAUUCCUGGUUCGCAUCGUUGGGCUCCCAUUUCUGACAAUAUUUCAUUGACUGCAGUUGCAUUUAGACUUGGAGUCAAUUUGCCGAGUGUUCCAACAAGAUUUGUCGAGUUAUUUUAUUUUGUGACAUUUUCUGAGCCUAUUACAUAUGUUUAUGGUACUUUUUCUCCACUCGAACCCACCGUUCACUCGUUUCAUGUUAUUCAUAGUUUCAGGUUUCGAGAAUAUAUUUACUCGUUCGGCUCAAUAACAUUUACAAAUCGAAUGUCGGUUUACUUUAUCUCUCGGGUAUCACGUAUUCGGGUCGAGAAUGGAGUUUCUUAUUAUAAAUACGAAGAACUGCAUUCGAUUUAUUUUUCUGGCCGUUAUGAUCGAGUUGAUAAAGUUCGAUUUGCAAAUUCUUUUUCGCUCAUGAGAAACGAAAAUUCUUAUUCUUUUCUUGCUAUCUCUUUGCAUGCUGUCGAUGAAGCUGAAACUCGCAUCUUUCUGAUUCCAUUUAAUCGGAUAAUCGAUACCUUUCAAAGGCCAAUUUACGAUUGUUAUACUACGCGAAAUUUUUGGACGGCUCUUGUUUUCAAUGCAUCUUAUCCUGAUUGUUUCAACGUGAGUCUAAGACCCGAAAUUGAAAUAUCUAUGCUACGUUAUGAUUUUGUAGGACUUUAUCUUGAAAAUAUUAUUACGCGAUACUGGACUCGAAUUUUGGAUUUCAUUCCAUUGGCUCUCGAUGCGACUCCUGGUUAUGUUUUCCUCGUUCUUUCCGCUGGCAAUCGUUCAACAAGAUAUCGAUAUUCAAUCCACUUUGUCGAUGAAAAUUAUUCUGUCUCGACCCAUACCUAUGAAAGGACGUUCAAUCUACGAUCACGAAUAAAUCUUCAGUUAUCACAAAUUUAUUACUACGGUUUUACUCAUCCACGAGUUAUAAUUACACUUAAUCGGUAUACUUACACCGAAUCAAUUAUUCUAUGUCCAUUUCUAAAUGAUUCGUGUAUCGAUUGUUUUACAACCAGAAUUUAUCAUCAAAAUAGUGAUUCAUUUCGAUAUUGUCAAUGGACUCCAGGAAGAUCCUUUUUAUCGGGUCAAUGUUCAACCGUUGAUCAAAAUUCCCCCAAUUCAAGAGUAAUUAGACCCACGGGUCACACAGAAAAUCCAUGUUUCCAUGUCACUAAUGUUUUGAUAAACAACGAUCCCGAUGCACAGAACUUUCGUAUGGACCUCGAUCUCCUUGGUUUCCAUUCAACGUAUGCAUACAUUUUCCCCUUGACCUUUACGCUUGUCGACAAUACAACAUAUUCCGUUGUUGAAAAUUGUUCUGUUAUCAAGUAUAACCAGUCAAUGAUUUCCCUGAACUGCAGUCAAGUACAUUCUGGUCAUUAUCGAUUAUCUAUCGUCAUGAUACGACGACGAGGUCCUUAUAAUAUAAGAAAUGAUGAUAACUUGAUCACUUAUAGUGAAUCUUUCACGAUCAGCUCGUCAAAACCGAACCCGUCUGAUGAUCAGUUGAUAAUUUUACAAGUUUCCGCCUUUAUUGUUUCUAUGAUUACGCUCGUUGUAUUUAUUAUUGUGGCCAAAAAAGCGUGGAACACUUUGGACAAGACAAGAAAUCUUUCAGCCAAAAGUUGGCUCUCGGCCAAAUAUAAAUCAUUGUUAACUUCCAGAUCUAAAUCAUCACCCGAUACAACAACUUAUUCCCUUGAAUUGAACACCAGCAAAAACGAUUCUUUUGAUCAAGUUCCCGUCAAGUAUUUCAAACCCAAGAUAAAAACAAGAAUAAGAGAUGAGUCUAUCAAAACAAAACCUAAACGAUAAAAGAUCCGUUGUUGAUGAUUAUACUAAAACCCGGAAGAAACAAUAAACAAUUAAUACAAUUAACCAAAAAAAGCACGAGGUCUUACUCACAUUAA